GGUCGAGUCGGGUCACGCUGCAGCCGGCAACUACUCGCCGCCUCGGCGGCCCACCCUCGUCCUCUGGACUUGGGCCGGCGGCUGUUGGUCUGCCGCUUUCCGGGCCGCAUGGCUGGGAGAGACCCAGGCAGCAACCAGAGGCAGAAUGAGGAAAUUGAAGCAAUGGCAGCUAUAUAUGGCGAGGAAUGGUGUGUCAUGGAUAACUGUGCCAAAAUAUUCUAUAUUAAAAUUAAUGACAAUAAAGAUGACCCCAAAUGGACACUUGGCUUGCAGGUGAUGCUACCUAAUGAAUAUCCAGAGACAGCCCCACCUAUUUAUGAACUGAAAGCUCCUUGGCUUAAUGGGCAAGAACGUGUGGAUUUAUCGAAUAGCCUUGAGGAAAUAUAUAUACAGAAUAUUGGUGAAAGUAUUCUCUACCUAUGGGUGGAGAAAAUAAGAGAUGUUUUAAUACAAAAAUCUCAUAAGGCAGAAACAGGCCCUGAGGUAAAGAAGAAAACUGAAGAGGAAGAUGUUGAGUGUGAAGAUGAUUUCAUUUUAGCUUGCCAGCCAGAAUAUUCAGUUAAAGCACUGGAUUUUGAGAUCAGUGAAAAUGAAACAGAAAUAGAAGAAUUACCUCCAAUUGAUCAUGGCAUUCCUAUUACAGACCGAAGAAGUACUUUUCAGGCACACUUAGCUCCUGUAGUUUGUCCUAAACAGGUGAAAAUGGUUCUUGCCAAAUUGUAUGAGAAUAAGAAAAUAGCUAGUGCUACCCACAACAUCUACGCCUACAGAAUAUAUUGUGAGGAUAAACAGACCUUCUUACAGGACUGUGAAGAUGAUGGGGAAACAGCAGCUGGUGGGCGUCUUCUCCAUCUCAUGGAGAUUUUGAAUGUGAGGAAUGUCAUGGUGGUAGUAUCACGCUGGUAUGGAGGUAUUCUGCUAGGACCAGAUCGCUUUAAACAUAUCAACAACUGUGCCAGAAACAUACUAGUAGAGAAGAAUUAUACAAAUUCACCGGAGAAAUCAUCUAAGGCUUUGGGAAAGAACAAAAAAGUAAGAAAAGAGAAGAAGAGGAGUGAACCUUAGUGCCUGAAACUCUAUGAAAGGUUAAUUUGCCUAUAAUUAAAUACAAAUUACACAGUCAUCAAGGAAUAUAUUGUGCAGAGAGAAGAUGCUUGACUGCUCAAGUCUGCCAAUUCAUUGUGGACACCAACAUUAUCUUUUCUUCUUUGGUUAUAUCAUCUGCCAAAAGUAGAGAACUUAAUGAUAUAUUCAUUGUGUUUCAGGCUUAUUGAGAAGGAGUAAUUGGACUUAAUCACCUCUUCAUCUGAUUUUAGGAAGGUAACAGUUGCCCAGGGCAGUACCUGAGUUAACUGUCCAUUUCAGUUACAUGUCAAGUGCCUUUGUUAGGCGGGGAAGGAGCAUCUCUAGAGGAAUAUAAAUACCUGAUAUCUUGUCAUUUGGAUUCUUGGUGUGUUAAAUGAAUAUUGCCUUUUACUGCUCUUUAUAGCUUAUUGGAAUAGGAGCACAUUGAAGAUUGAUCUUGGAGAGCUGCUUCUUGUGAUUUUAGUUCAUACGUACGUAUGUUAUAAAUCUCUUCAUUGAGUGAAAAUCCAGGAAUAUCCAUCAGCAGAUAUGUGCUGAGGUGGUAAUUCACCUAAUGUAUUUGUUAGCAUAAAUGUUUUGCCUCAUUUUCUGUAGCAAAUUGGUGAUUGUGAAAUUUUAAAAAAGUGAUUUUCUUGUCUCUGCCUUUUUUUAUUUAAUUCUUGUAACAUAAAGCCAUAAAUAUGUGGUAUUGGUAGUCUCCUCCCACCCCUGAAAUAUAUUGGUUUAACAUUCUGGUUUCUUUCAACAACCAGGAGGUACUGUUUUUGUGAUCUUCAUUGUGGAAUUAAAACUCUGCUAGAAUCUCUGCUGGUUAAUAGAACAUUUAUAGCUUGAAUAGAGGAUGGCAGAAUGACACUGAUAUAGGGUAGGAGUAUGUUGCACAGUUAUAUGAAUUUGAUGCACGUUUCCCACUGCACUCCAGCCAUCUUUCUCAAUUCCUUGAUUUUGUGGAGGGUAAGAACAAACCAUUUGAUUGGAGAAACAAAAGAAAACCCCUCUUUUUCCUGAUCUUAUCAAUGUUUUCAUCAGUGUUUUAUGUUUGUUCUUUCAUUUGUAAGUUGUUCACUUACAAAUGUUUACAGGCAUUUAGAUAAUAAGUUUAUCUUUGGAUUUAAUAAUAAGUAAUUAGCUGUUCACUUUGAGAUAUGAUUACAAACAACUAUUAAAUAUUAUAACUUGAUUACAGAUUUACAUGAGAUUACCUUCCCAAUAGAAGGAAAAGAAAUUAAGAGUCAACUAUGGGGUGGUGCUAGAGCAUAGAAAGCAUCAGAACAAAUGGAGAGGCAGAUAUUUUCUCUGUGCUCUGAUAUUUUACCUUUGAGAAACCCAAUAUCCUUAACUUGAUAUUUUUAAUAAGAACUUAAUGAAUAGUCUUAUAUUAGGGUGGAUUUUGAGAAACAAAGCUAAAUUAUAUUUCCUGCGACUGUAUUUAAUGUUGUCCAUUAUCAAGAGCCAUCAGAGGAUGGCCUGUAUAUAUAGAGAGAUCACUCACUUGAGGUUCCGUGAAAAGUUAAGUAUGUCCUAUGUAUUAACUGUUAAGAUAUUAAAGAGGUGAGAGACCAUUUUUAAACAAAAACAUAAUUUCACAAUUUUGGCAUGUGAAACCUGUGGACGGAGAUAUAAAACAAUAAGACUUUGGCGCUACAGAAAAAGAAAUGAGUUAAUUUUUCUGCAGCACCAAAUUUAAAUUUAUUUCUCGCUGCUUUAACAUUUAUUUAGGGUUUUACAGAAAACAAAGUGCCCUUCACAUCUUUGAUCUCAUUUUCCCUUCUUUUUAAGAAACGUUAUUUUUGCUUCUUUCUACAAAAAAUAUUACCCACUUUUUAUUGACUAAAAAAACCUCAUCUCCUUGGUCCAGAGUCAGUGAGCUAGUAAUACAGAGAGAUCCAAAGUUCUUUAAUUCUGAAUCCUGAGUUAUUUCACACUUUACCAUUAUGGAGAUUCUAACUAAUGAUAGUAUGUUUCUCUCUAUUUAAAACUUUUCUUGGUGAGAGGAUUUUCAAAUUCUCUAAAUAAUAAUUUUCUAAUAGCCAAAUUUAUGCUAUGGCGUAUUUUAUAGUAUAUUCACAGUAUAUAUUUAUUACUUAAAAAUAUACUCCACAGGCCUGUGUAAGAGCAAGUAGCAUCUACUUUUUAAAAUGAGAGUAGCAGUAGCUGCAUCAAAAAUAUGCUUUGGAGGUGUAUGUGAUGAAACAAAGCCUAUUUGAAGGAAAUUACAUCAAACCACAACCAAGAAAGAGUAGCAUGAAGCAGGUACUAUUUGAAGAGCAAGUGUUAAGGAUUGAAUUGUGUCCUCCAAAAAGAUAUUUUGAAGUUCUAACUCCCAUUACCUCAGCAUGUGACCUUAAUGGGAAAUAGGGUUGUUAUAGAUAAAAUUUGUUAAAUUAAGAUGUGGUCAUACUGGAGUAGGGCAGGCUCCUAAUCCAAUAUGACCAGUGUCCUUAAAAGAAGGGGAGAAGGCACUCAGACAUAAAGGAGGAGGCCAUGUGAUGAUGGAGGCAGAGAGUAAAGUGCUGCAGCUACAAACCAAGAACACCAAGGAUUGCCAGAAAACCACUAGAACCCAGGAAGGGGCAAGGGAGGAUUCUCCCUUUCAUGUUUCAGAGGGAGUGUGGUCCUGCUCACACCUUGAUUUCAGACUUCCAGCCUCCACAACUAGAGACAAUAAAUUUCUGUUGUUUUAAACCACCCAGUUUGUAGUACUUUGUUAUAGCAGCCCUAGGAAACUAAGACAAGAAGUGAAAUUUAUUGGAAAAAUUAUGUAAUCACCACCAAUCCCACUAUCCAGAGAUAGCAAUUAACAUUUGAUAUGUGCUUCCUUAUAUUUUUUUCCUGUGCAUGACUUUAUAAAUAUGGAUAUUUUUCUUUCCACAAAAAUGGUAUUAAACUGUACAUACUAUUUUAUAACGUGCAUAUUUCAUAUAGAAUUAUAUUAACAUUUUUCCCGUGUCAAUAAAUAUUCUUCUAUGGUAUAAUUUUUGGUGGCUGCAUAGUAUUCCAUCUUCUGGGUAUACCAUAAUUUGUUUGACUAAUUCUCUGUGUUUCCAAUUUUUGUUUUUAACCCUACACUAUUAUAAACAACUGAACAACUGCAUCAUUGUGUGUGUGUGUAUAAAUCUGAUUACUUCUUUAGGAAAAACCCCUAAAAAUGGAAUUCCUUGGUCAAAACUUUUCAUAUUCUAAUAGCUUUUGAUUGGUUUAGCCAAAUUGCUCUCCAGAAAGUUUUACCAGUUAUGCUCUUAUUGUAUAAUAAACAACUUGAUUGGUCUUUGCCCCCUGUUAUGGGAGACAGUUUCUAAAUCUGGAGUUUCCUGUGAUGAGUGUCUUUUGUUAUUCAUGAUGCCCCGUCCUGCCUGAUAGUUUAUACUGGAGAGAAUUCAGGGUGGGGCCAGCCAUGCUAGUUUUAGGGCCACCACACCUGAAAGACCAGCCAUGUGAUUAGGGGAUUGGGGCUUUGAGCCUCCUUUUAUCAGCUUGACCUUGGGGGUGGGAGGAAUAGUCGGGAGCUAGAAGGGAGUUCAACCAUGUGGGCAUUGACACAAUCAGUCAUGUUUGCAUAAUGAAACCCCAAUAAAAACUCUGGACCAUGAUGCUAAAGCGAGUUUCCCUAAUUGGUAAUACACAUUGAUGUGCUGGAAGGUUGAUACAUUCUGGCCUCACCCACCAGGAGAGGACACUGAAGCUUUGCAUGGGAUCCUCCAGACUUUGUCUUAUAUGUUGCUUGUUUGGCUUCUUAUUCAUGUCUUUUUGCUAAAUAAAACUAUAAUCAUAAGGAUAUUGCUUUCCUGAGUUUUAUGAGUUGUUCUAGCAAAUCUGAGGGGAUGGUGAAAACCCUGGAAUUUGUAGCCAGUUGGUCAAAGAAGUGCAGGUGGCCUGGGAAUCCCUGAACUUGCAGCUGAUGUCUGAAGAACACCACUUGUAGAGGUUUGUGCCCUUAUCCUGUGGAGUCUGACCUAACCCCAGUUAGUUGGAGUUGGAAUUGUGUUGUAGUU